GUGUUUUGUAAAAAUGCGCUAAGCUGAAAAUUUAUGUCGACUUUAAAAUCACUGAAAAAACUACAAAAUGCAAUGUUUGAGUCAGAUUAUGAAUUAAAGAUUGUAGAUUCUAGAUUGAAAAACUCAAUUCUGAGAUAGUUGUUAAUUGUCACUCCAAUCAGACAACAGAAUUGCAAAUAAAAACAACCAGUCUACAUUUCCGGUUAACACAUUCUUGAAAAUCUCAAAAUAUUCGAACUCUAAAAGAAUUUCGAGGAGUCAUCAACAAAACAAUCAUUAAUGAGAAGUGCAGAAAAAGUUGAAGAAGAUUCUAAACGAUAAAAAAAAUAUAUUUGGAUUUUUAAACAAUUUAAGUUUUGAAUUUUGGUGCAAAUUAAUUAAGUUGGUUGUACAUAGGCUGAGGUGUGUGACUUGAAAGUACAAAAAUCAUGAAUAAUUUUCUAGAAUUCUUCCAUUUAAUGGACAAAAAAGGAAAGACUUUCCGACCAAAGAAGAGAUUUACGCAUGGAACAAUCCGAUAUUCUCUUCACAAGCAAGCACAGGCAAGCCUUUCAUCAGGAAUAAAUUUAAGAGAAGCUGUUAGACUCCCUCCAGGCGAAGAUAUGAAUGACUGGACUGCUGUUCAUGUCGUGGACUUUUUUAAUCGAAUCAACUUAAUAUAUGGAACUGUAUCAGAGUAUUGUACAGAGACAACAUGUCCAAAGAUGAGUGGUGGUUCACGAUAUGAAUAUUUCUGGCAAGAUGGUGUAAAUUACAAGAAACCAGCAGCACUUCCAGCACCAAAGUACAUUGAGAAUCUUAUGGAUUGGGUUGAAGGUCAAAUUAAUAAUGAAGAAAUAUUUCCUGUUACAACGGAUGUGCCAUUUCCACGUUCCUUUCAGACACUCAGCAAAAAGAUUCUCACUCGUUUGUUUCGCGUUUUUGUGCAUGUUUAUAUUCAUCACUUUGAUAGAAUUGUUUGCAUUGGUGCCGAACCGCAUGUCAAUUCAUGCUUCAAGCAUUUCUAUUAUUUCGUAAAAGAAUUUGAUCUCAUCCCGAUUAAGGAAAUGGAGCCAUUAGAUGAAUUAGUCAAACAGAUUUGCAAGGAUUAAAACCAAACUAUUAUAAGCCAUCACUUGGAACGGUUGCCUACGUUUUUACAACUUAAUUUUGUAUCUCGACCAGUUUGUAAUUCACGCUUUUAUAUUUAAUAUUAUUUUAUUUGAGACAUUGUCUAAAUUAAGAUCAUUAUUAGAGGUUUUUGAAUUUUGAGUCUUCAUGAUUACUUUUUUUGUUUGUUUUGGUCCAGAUUUGGGGUCAGUGGAAUGUUUAAGAUUGAAACUCUUGAAUUUAUGGGGCACUAAGAGCAUAGUGAGAUACAGGCAAUUAAGAUCAAAGUCCUGGACGUCCCUUAUAAAAUUACCCAAAACCAAGAAUAAUCACUCAAAUGCCUAUAGCUUGACUUAAACCACAAAAAAUGCGAUACGAGCCACAAUAAUACACAAUGAUUCACUCAAACCCAAAUAAUACAAAACCAGCAUCAAUUUCAUAACAAUUUGUGAAUAAUAAUCAACAACUGAGCGAUAAAAAAUAUUAUGAUUGACUCAAAGAGUGAAAUAUGAGUCGGAGAUGAAGCAUAAAUGUGAUAUAAUUUGAUGACUGUGUACAUAAAUUUUUUUCUUUAAUUGCUUUAUCUCGAUAUUCAUCAUUUAAUGUCGGUUCAGUUUUUUAUGGCUUUUUAAAAGUGAUAUGAAUUGAGGCUUAUGAGUUAAUGGCUUAAGAUCGAUGACCUUUUGUUGUGAUUACGAAUUUUAUGGAUGGGUAAUUGUUGAAGCUUGGAUGAUGAUAUGUUUAAAGUGAAUUAUUGCAUUUAAGAUUGAAAUAUUAAUGCUAUAGCUUGAUAAGAACAAAACUCCACUAAUCUGCUUAUUCUACUGACUAUCAACUCUGUCAUCUCUAUAAAAUUGAAAAAUAAUGAAAUAAUAAGUAAGUUCUCUCACGGUGCCAGUAAAAUUCUAUCUACCUUAAUAAUAUAAUAAUAAUCUAUGCAUUUUAUAAAGUAACAAAAAAAAAAUCAUCAGAAGUUAUAAGAUUGAUGGAGAAUUGUUGUAUUAUUGUGAAGUUUGGGGGUAAAUUGGAUGUUAUGCAUCCUUCAUUGAUAUAACAAGUUGGUUACAUCAGGCUAACAGCUCAAAUAGAAUAACAUACUAACAAUAUUCAGUAUAUUGUAAGCAUUUAAUUUUUAAUUUGUAUUAAGAUCAAGAUUACGUUUUUAUACUAAAAUAGCCCACGUGGAUCCCCUCCUAGAUACUUAAACAACACAAUAGUCAACCUUAAUCUCAACAUCUCACAAAUAACAACAAUUCCUCAUCAUCCUACACUUCUGAAGUCCCUGUAAGUAGUGAACUAGUUCAAAUACAUGAAAAAAAAAACUUGUUUUUGUGAACAAACAAUAAAAUUAAAUAUUGCAUAAAUAGAGAAAUAAAAAAAAAUGAGGAUAUAAAGGAAAUGAAGUCUUACCAACAAA